AAUUAGCAUGACCCGGAAUGUCACUGGGACUACACGUUCCAGCAGGCAUUUCGACAUCGGGGAAAAAAUAUGCUUGGUUGGGGGAAGCCCUUCCCUUCUUGCCAUGCGUCGACGCGCGGCCUUCCGUGGGCGGUUACACACAAGUGAAGCCAGAGCGCGAUCCCCGCCAGAAGUCGCGGCGAAGAGUUUCUCGUGAGACACAUGGCGUCUUACGGCCCCAUCUAAGGAGAAACUACAGCUCCCACAGUGCUCAGCGAUUCGGAACCAUGGAAGUGCGUGUGGUGCAACUGGAGGACAAAAUCCGAGACUACUUGGGGGACCUGGGGUUUGAAAUUUAUCCCUUUAAGGUGGGAUGGUACAAUGAAGCUGUUCCUCCAGCUUUUCAUUUGCCAUACUCAGAGAACACAUUGGCGUUUGUGGUGCUCAGCAUUCCUGCCAUGUUUGACAAAGCCUUCAAACCCUUCUUGAGGAAUCAACUGCUGAAAAAGAUUCAGGACCCUGUGGAUCAGUGUGUUUCAUACCACCUCUCAGUGGUUAGACAGAACCUUGCAGAUGAGCAGAUGGAGAUCAUGUAUGACUAUGAGAUGCUGCCCAAUCGGAAACCUAAAUUCCUGGCCCAGACAGCAGCACACGUAGCCGGUGCAGCAUAUUACUACCAAAGGAAAAAUGUACAGAAGGAUCCGUGGGGAACAAAGAAGAUCUAUGGCGUCUGUGUCCACCCCCAUUAUGGAGGUUGGUUUGCCAUUCGAGCUCUUCUGCUUUUCCCAGAUGUUGAGGUACCCUUCCUGCUACAGACCAACCCAAUUGACUGUGUUACAACUGAGGAAGAAAGAAUAGAAUUGCUGGAGAAGUUCAAUUUCCACUGGCGGGACUGGAGCUACCGGGACGUUACUGAAGUGAAGGAGAAGUAUUCAGAAGAGCAGAAAACCUAUUUUGCAACUCCUCCAGCUGAACGGUUAAAACUGCUGAAACUGCUAGGAGGUUUUCAGAGAAAUGCAAUACACUGAGUUGCUGUUUUCAGUGUUCAAGAGGGACACACAGCUUACACUGUUAUGCUCCCUGUAUAGGGACAGUGCUUGAUGGUGUACUUGGUGACUGAAGCUGAAAUUCAGAAUAUGCUUUUUGCAAGAGGAAUUCCCUUUUAACACAGUAAAAGUUAUUUCUGAAGAACUGAGCUGUAAUAUUAGUAACAAUAGAAGCCUGCCAGUUCAGGAGUAGAACAGUACUUCUCCACUCCCCCUCCACUGACUGGAAACCUCUAAGAAGGGUUUAGAAAUUUUAUUCCUUUUCCUUGAAAUUUUCAUUUACUGGUAGUUUGGGGAUGUUCUUUUGUGUGGGUGUGAUGCUUUGGCGGUUAUGUAAAAUCAAUUGCCUUUUGUUGUGAGGUCAGGAGACAUUGUUAUGUAAAUUGUACUUUUGUUAUCCCUUGGGAGAAAUUUUCUAGAAAGCAAGUGUUUUGAAGGAAAUUAUCAAGUCAUUUUUACAGUUUAAAAUCACUUCAGGUGCUUCAUUUCUUGUUUCUCAAUACACAUUCUGAGAGUCUAUAUCCCUGUCUUUCUUUUUCUCCCCUCCUGGAUCAAAGCACUGGAGAUGCUAACCUAUGUGGUGAAGGGGAGCUGAUGGUUGUAAAAAUGAAGGGAGCAAAAAAGCAUGUUUUUUCUGAUUAAAGUAUUGUGCAUCAUUCA